CAUCGACUUUCAUCUGCCUUUGAUCACUUGUGCUCUUGUUGGGAUUUGAAUCUGCGCGUUGCAUCGCCUCAAUAACUCAAUCGCCUGCGGGGUAUCUUUCUACGAGUACAGCGGUCCCUGCGCGUGGAUUAAUCUGCUCACCGAGAGUUGGUUAGGCAGAAGCAGGACGGAAUAAGGGCCGCCUACAACACCAACGUACAGGAGGUGCCUCUUCGCGUUUGCAUUUUGUGCCAGAGCUUGACUUUGGCAGCAAGCUCAGAACCAGUCAAAAACACAUUGGAUUAUUCUGAGGGUACUUGAGCAACGGUGUGCGGACACUCGUUAAUGGUUUAGUAUCAGCUCCCUGAAGCGAAACGGCAAUUGGUGUCACUCGAAAUGGCGUCUCCAGAAACCAACGCCGCACCAAACAAUACUACUUUGCCGGGCGAGGUGACCGGUGUGAUUCCUCAUGUAGCUUCGGAAAAGGACAAGACGACAAAUGAUGCACCAAACAAUACCACCUUGCCAGGGGAAGUGUCAGGAGUGAUUCCUGAUGAAAGCGAGAAGAAGGCGACUACUGAUGCGCCUAAUGCCACCAGUCUGCCUGGGGAGGUGUCCGGUGUGAUUCCUGAUGCUAAGGAGGAAAAGACAACCACGGAUGUUCCAAAUAGUACGACUUCGGCGGGAGAGGUCUCUGGGGUCGUACCGGAUGCGGCAAAGGAGGAGACCACUCCAGGUAUAGAGAAGAAGACCUCGCCCAUUCAGGAACUUUGGACACUGGCUCAGUCAAGCGGCCACCCCGAGAUCUGGGGAGUUACACUAGCCAAUCCAGAUAGCCACAUACCAUCCCAGGUCGUCCUGCAGAAGUACCUCAACGCCAACGAUGGGGAUCUUGCGAAGGCCAAAGAUCAACUCACCAAAACGUUGGAGUGGCGAGCAAAGAUGAAACCCCUGGAGCUAAUGAAGAAGAAAUUCAACCGCGCCAAGUUCGAAGGCCUGGGUUAUGUGACCACUUUUGGUGCAGGAAGUCCAGAGGCAGAGACUAAGGAAGUCAUCACGUGGAACAUCUACGGCAGCGUCAAGAACCUUGAACAGACGUUUGGGAAUCUGGAAGAGUUCCUCGAGUGGCGGGUCGUCCUGAUGGAAGAAGCGCUACAGUCCCUUGACAUAAGCAAAGCCACCAAGCCCAUUACCGCCGAGUACGACCCGUACAAGAUCGUCCAGGUGCACGACUACAAAUCGAUCAGUUUCUUGCGCCAGUCGCCUGUCGUCAAGAGCGCGAGCACCGAGACAAUCAAGGUGUUUGCGCAGAAUUAUCCGGAAUUGUUGAAGGAGAAGUUCUUUGUCAAUGUGCCGGCGUUCAUGGGAUUCAUUUACGCGUUCAUGAAGCUUUUUGUGGCGCAGAAGACAAUCAAGAAGUUCCAUCCGAUGAGCAAUGGAGCGAACUUGGCGAGGGAAUUGGCGACGAGUAGUCACGUCAAGGGAUUGGCAGAUGAUCUGCCCAAGGAGUAUGGUGGAAAGGGGCAGGAUCUGAGUGUCCAGGGCAGGCAGACGGCUUUGGAGGAGCCUGAGGCAAAGGCUUGAUGCUGGGCACCCGCCACGGCCAUAUCAGGCAGCUUCGGAGGCUCAGCAGAAGGACUUGCCUGUACGCAAGGUGGAAAGGAAGGCAGGGAAUAGUUCAAAGGAGCCUGUGAGCAUGAUACUACUGUAAUGAGGAAGGGAGACGGAGAAGUAUCAUGGAUCAAUCGUUGGAUGGGACAGCCGGUUGAUACCUCAAGAGUGGAAGAAAGCAGAUAACUAGAUACCCUGUCGCGUGUUCAUCCACUAAGGUACCUUACGAUAGCAGGACAUACUCUGUAUUACUCCGUACAGGUGUUGAAAUGCGAUAACUUGUAUUUCUUCCUCG